GGGCACGCUGCGACAGUUGUGUCAUUUUCAGCAUCCUUCUCAUGCUCGCCGAACGCAGCCUGUGCCUCAGCGUCGAUGACAUCCUGAGCGCCGAGAACUUCCAGCUCACGGCCACGGGCGAGUCGCGCUACUCGCUCGACACGGUCGGGUCCCUCAUCUCGGCCGACGUGCCGCCGCACAACCCGUUCCGCGAGUCGCAGUCGUCGGCCGGGUCCGGCUGGAACACGAACGGCCAUGACGGCUUGGAGUGGACCACCGCGCUCACGCGUCCCAACGAUGACGACCUCUUCCACGUCCCGUCCGAAGACGUCUCGUCGACGUCGACCGCGUGGACCACGACCGCGUCGGCGACCGCCAAGACGACGCCGGCGACGCUCAUAUCCGUCUCGCCCAUGGAGCUGCACUUUGACGCCAACUUGGCGCCCAAGCACACGCUUGAGAUCGCCAAUGUCUCGAAAGCGCAGUCGAUUCUCUUCAAGAUCAAGACGCCGUCGAAGUACCGGCAGCACUAUGUCAUCACGCCCAACAAGGGCGUGCUCCGGCCGUUGAGCGCGCUCACCAUCUCGAUCGAAAUUCCAAACCACGAAGCCAAGCGGCUUAUUCAGACCAACACGCGCCAAUGCACAACCACAUGGGCCCACCCCGUGAAGCUCGAGCUGCUCAAAGUGCACGACGACGUCUACGACCAGCUCGAGUGCAUGGAGUACGACGAGCAGCAGCAGCUCCACGCAACGCUAUGGGCGGCCGCGGAUACGUGGCGUCUCGACGAGAAGAUGCUCACGUUCCACGUCAAAUGCACGCGCCUUCUCUUCCUCGAAGCCGGCGUCUCGCCACUCGCGUCGCCGCUCCACGUGACCGGUACCACCAACCAGUUUGAGACGUGCCUCCACAGCCUGCGUCUCUACAGCCUCGAGAGCUCGGCCAUUGUCUACUUGCACAACAAGGCGUCGUCGCCGGUCGCGUACAAGGUGCUCACGACCGCGCCGUCCCGGUACCGCAUUUCGCCGUCGUUCCAGCUCGUGCCACCCAAAGCGCGCGCCGAGCUCCGCAUUUGCUUUACGCGUACGUUUCAGAGCUCGGCGCGCCACCUCGGCGGCGCGGUCCGGUUGAAGGACACGCUGCGCAUCGAAGCCAUCGUGCUCACGGGCUUGACGCCGACGGUCGAAGUCGAGACGCGCCGCUCGAAAGACGACAUCAAGCGCAUCGUCCAGUCCAUGUGGCCCACGUUUGACACGGACGUCAAGAGCAUGACGUACAUCUCGUGCAUGGUCGACCUCGUCGUCGCGGCCGAGUGAGAUAAUUGCUCACGUCUGCCAGCGUGCAGUCGUAGUACCAUAGUUCGUGGGUCUCUUCCCUUUGUAAAUAAUGCAACCGUGUCGUCGUCAUC